UCAUAACAAAACAAGAAUUGUAAUUUGGAUUGUUCAAUUUUAUUGUUCUUAAGUACUGCGAAAAUGCGAUUAAAAGUCUCUACGAUUAAGAAGCCUAGUCACGACGGAGCAGUCAUAUGCGUUAGUUGGAAUAAUACUGAAGAUGUUUUCUCAUGCGGCGAUGAUCACAAACUAAUAAAAUGGAACCUAGCAACAAAUGAAUGCAUGACCGUUGCAACAUUUCCCGAUGAUUUAUAUCCAACUGGACUCCACCUAUUUCCAAAAAUAAGCAGUAGCGGGAAAAAGACGCAAACUGACUUCAUAUUGAUAGCAUCUACUGAUGGCAAAUUUCACAUAGUCAAUUACAAUGGCCGCAUUGAGAAGACCGUUAAUGCGCAUCAAGGAGCUUGUCUAGUCGCACUUUGGAGUCCUAAUGCCGAUGGAAUUUUAACAGCUGGAGAAGAUGGAUGUGUCAAGAUAUGGUCAUGCAGCGGUCUUCUCAGGUCGACUGUAGUCGAAUCAGAUGUGUCUUGCUAUAUGGCUGCUUGGAGCCCUGAUAGUAAUGCUAUCUUGUAUACUAAAAGGCACCAUUUAGUCAUUCAUCCAUUACAAGCCAAGACUAAAAUAACUAAGUGGUGGGCACACGAGUCAUUAAUUUUAUCCGUCGGUUGGAAUGCAAGUAAUAAUUUAAUUGUCUCCGGUGAUGAAGAUGGCUACAUUAAGGUUUGGGAUACAUUUCAACAGUUAAUAUUUUCGACAAAGGAGUUUGUACAUCCAUGUACUGCAAUCAGCUGGUCGCCGCAUGGUGAUUUGUUCGUCGCUGGCAGCUUUAAUAAAUUAUCACUUCAUAGUGAUGAUGGCUGGCCGAACUCUUCUUUAGACUUGGAUGUUGGCAGUGUGUACUCUGUAGCGUGGUCACCCGACGGUACGCAACUAGCGGCAGCUUGCGCCGAUGGUCAUGUUAUAUUCGCACACAUUAUUGAUAGGACUUACAACUGGAAGAAUUUUAGUUGUACGCAAAUCGGACGUAAAGUAAUAGCGAUUAAAGAUAUAACAACCGAUGAAAGUGACCAACUUGAUUAUCCGGAUAGUGUCGUGCAAAUUGCGCUCGGUUUCGACCAUUUAACAGUGGCUACGAUAAAGCAGUGCUUUAUACACAAGUUGACUUCGUGGAAUACUCCAGUGACGUUUGACGUUAAGGACGGCGCUGUCAGUAUGAUUCUUUUGGCCUCGAGAUGUAUGUGUAUAGUCGACCGUGGCCGUGUGUCAGUGUACAGCUACACAGGUCGCUUACUAGCUAGUCCUCAAAUCAGUUCGCACUCAGAGUCGCGCGGACGAACUUCGAUAUCUCUAGGGCCUGAUACACUGGCUUUCAUCGACCACACUAAUCCCACUUUGGUCCAUGUAUAUGAUUUGCCGACCGCGACGUAUUCAAUAAGUCGUGGGGCUGGGGAUAACAAUAUGACCAAGAUAAAACACCACACAACUGUAUGCAACGUCGCAUUGAGUCAGACAGGACCCAUCAACGAGCGUCAGAUAGCACUGGUAGAUAAAAGGCGUGAUUUGCUAGUUGCAACUGUGAAGGACCCGAAACAAAAACUCUUGGUGCUAUCACGAGCAGUGCUUAGCAUUAUGUGGAGUACAGAAUCUGAAUUGUUAGUUGGCUUAAAGAAAGAAUCGAUAGUAUGUUGGGCUUAUCAGAAAAACAACACUCGUCCGGAACUUACUACAACUGUAAUUUCGAUACCAACAAGUAACAUGGGUUAUAACCCUAGCAUACAAUGCGUAGAAAAUGGAGUUGCGAGUGUUUAUCGCGGGAAAGGAUCAACCGUCGUGCACAUAUCGCUGGGCGUCAUACAUAUCGAGAUGGUACUUAAAUAUGUCGCUUCCAACAUGUGGAGUGAAGCCCUACAACUCUGUCGUACGUUAAAAGACAUCAAGCUCUGGGGAUGUCUAGCAGAAUUGGCUUUAGAAAAAAAUCAGUUGGAUAUAGCUGAGGAAGCUUUUGAAGAAGUUCAUCAAUACGCUGAGGUGUUUCGGAUACAACAUUUAAAAAAUAUAAGAAACAGUAGUGGAAAUACAAAUGGAUAAAAGAGGAUCGUUAUGUCAGAAAUUAAAUAAAUGAAUAAAGUCGA